AUGACAUCCAACUCCUUCCCAACAACCCCCCAAAACAAAGAAGGCCACUUCUCCCCCGGCGGCCCAACACCAACCUUCAACCCACCCCCAACCCCCUCCACCCAAAACUACCGCCUAAACCACCUCGCAAUCCGAAUCAAAGAUCCCUCCCGCUCACUACACUUCUAUGUCGACCUCCUCGGUAUGCGCGUCAUCUUCACCAUGAACGCCGGGCCCUUCACAAUCUACUACCUCGGCCACCCACCGCCCGGCGAGGAUCUAGAUGCGUGGGCUAAGAAAAAGAGUGAGAUCCCUGUUAUGACGCGGACGAGUGGAUUACUGGAGCUUUAUCAUGUUCAUGGUACGGAGGAGGUGUCGACGGGGAAUGUCCCGCCUUAUUUGGGGUUUGCGCAUUUGGGAUUUACGGUGCCAGAUGUAAGGGCUGCGGUGGAGAGGUUGAGGGGGGAUGGGGUGAGGAUUUUGAAGGAUUUGGGGGUUUGUGAGAGGGGGGAUAUUCCGUUGUCGGAGUGGGAAGAGGAAAGGGGGGUCGGGGAGGGUGAGAUUCAUGAGAAUUAUGCUUGGUUCUUUGAGAAGUUUGCUAUGGUGGCGGAUCCGGACGGGUACUCGGUAGAGCUGAUCCCUCAGGAUAUUUAA